AUGUGGGAUUAUGAUAGUGUUAUAACAAAAACCGUCAUCACACCAAUCGUGUGUUGCACAUUCAAUUCGACCGAAAUGGUCAAAGGUGGCACAAGCCUGAAGCGUGCCCUGUGGCCGCUGUUCAUUGUGUCGAAACUAUUCGGCAUUUGUCCAUUUUCUAUUCGCCAUGAACGGGUUAGCUAUUUGGGAACGAUUGUGUCCAUCGUUAUGCUGGCUUCCUAUUGUUCGUUUCAUUUUAUCAGUGCGUCAGACGAAUUAACCGACAACAGCAGCGAAACGAAUUUCGUAACUAUGGCCAUUAAUUCGUUCAAUCGAUAUUCCGGAAUCGUAAGUCUUUUCGUAAUAGCGGUCAUGGGUAUCGUCCAUCAGAAGGAGAUAUUAAAUGCUCUUCAAAUCAUGCACUCCAUCGAUGGUAUAUUUCGAAAGGAAGUGAACAUUGAAAUUGAUGAUUCGAUAUAUUCAAGAAACAUUAAGAUUGGCUUGGUGUCGAUAAUCGCUGCAAUUUCGGUAUUAGAAUACUUCAAUUGCUUGAUGUUCAUUCAAUCUUAUGCGCCAUUCAAUGAAUACUGUCUGACAAUCUGUUUGGUUCCAUUCGUCGUCACAUGUAUUACAGAAAUUCAAUUUAUCGCCUACAUGCAGCUGCUCAAAAAUCGUCUCGAAUUAAUUAACAAUUUUUUCGGACAAUUUCGUGGCGAUGCUGGAAAAUCUGCGAAAACAAAUAUCAGAAAAUCACCGGACCCAUCCCCAUUAACUACUAAAAUAUUUACGGUCAACAAGGUUGGGGACAAAUUAAAAAUUUUAUCAUCACAAAAGAAUGGGUUCAAUGGACUUGGUACGAAUGUAAUUAUAAUGGAAAAUUGUGGUAAAACAGUUGGUAAACAAUGGACAGACAAUCUUCAGCUGAACAGGAAAUUAUUCACCGAAAAAAUAAUGAAACUUCAGAUAAUCUACAACAAAAUGGAAAAGUUUCUAGUGCAAAUACGAUCCGGUUAUUCCAUUCAAAUUAUUACCGUAUUUACGGUUAAAUUUAGCAUUAUAACAUCGAUGCUGUAUGCUUGCUGUAUGAUUCUGAUCAAAUCUGUGUCUACACAAAUACUAACUGAUGAUGAUCGUGAACAAUUAAUUAGCUCAUCAAUGUGGAUUAGCCUUAUGUUGCUGGAGAUGUUUUCGUUAUGUUAUGUAUGUCACAGUAUGGAAACUGAGGCAAGACAGAUAGGAUGUAAUAUUCAUCACUUUGGCAGAGAAAUCAUAUAUCACGAGUGCAAAUUGCAGGUGAAAGCAUUUUCAUUUGAACUGUUACAUAAUCGUAUAGAGUUUAGACCAUUGGGACUGUACAAGUUAAAUCUUGAAUUUCUGUACAACCUAUUUGGAGCGAUAUCAGCCUAUCUAAUAAUACUAAUCCAGUUCGAUAUGGCACAGCAUAUAGUGACAGCCACAAGCCAGAAGCUUUAGAAACACAGAGUUCUGUUUAUUGAUAAACGCACGUUGAAUGAUUAAAAAUGAACUAUGA